AGACAGGGAGAUUAUCUUUUUUCCGAUAGAACCAAGGUUUUAUUUUUUUGGCAGUAAAUGGUAGCGGAGUUACCAAGGAACCCCAUUUUGUUCUGAAUUCCCUCUUUUACCCUUCUCCACCAAACCAUUAAUUGGGUUAUCUCUUGGCUCUUGCUCACUUCUCACUGCCAAAAAAACCUCCGCUUGGCUGGCUGUUUCUUAACCCCAUUUGUUUUUUUCUUGAUCACCCAAAUCUCAAUUGUUCAUCGGUAUCGAUCCAUCUACUCAUGGCUACAAGCAGCAUCGUCGCACCUGCUUCAAUCAAUGUUCGAGGGAAUCUGAAGGGACAUGGAAAUUGGUCUGGGAAUUCCUCCUUUUAUGGUAACACAAUUACUCUCACACAUCAAAGGAAGUCUAAUCAACAAAAAACUCGGCGAAAUUUGGCGAUUUCUGCAGAAUACAAUGAUCGUAGUGGUGGAGGUGGUGGUGACUUUGUUGCUGGUUUCCUUUUGGGGGGUGCAUUAUGCGGGACUCUUGCAUACAUAUUUGCUCCACAGAUAAGAAGAUCUCUGUUGAAUGAAGAUGAAUAUGGAUUCAGGAGGGCAAAACGGCCAAUAUACUAUGAUGAAGGUCUAGAGAAAACGAGGCAGACUCUGAAUGCUAAAAUAAGCCAGCUUAAUUCUGCAAUUGACAACGUGUCCUCAAGGUUGAGAGGUGGGAAUAACAUGCCUCAGGUGCCAAUUGAAACUGAUCCUGAAGAAGCCACUAUGUGAAAAACAUGAUGUAUCUGCUGUUACUUGAAUUUGCAAGGAAGGAUUUGUUGAUAUUUUGGUUUUAGUUUUAAUCGUUUUACCUAAAGAGUUGUGUAUUUGCUUCAUAACACCAGUUACCCUCAACUGUCUGUCUAUGCUUAUAGAUUCUCUUGAAUGAAUGAGAUACUUUUUGUCUGCAGGGUGUUUAGAUGUGUGUAUUGAAAGUGAUAAUAUGAUAUUAAAUUAUUGAUAGUUAGAUUAAGAUUAUUAAGGCAACAUCUUAGUCAAUCUCAAUCAUGAUGCAAUUAUUAUGUUAAAGAGUCCUAGACUGUAAAAGCAUCUAUCAAAGAUGAUACAGAUAAUGAUAGAAACUUGAGAUAGAA